CGGCGGCUAUGGCAGGCAGCGAGCCCCGCGGAGGAGGCGGAGGCGGCGGCUCGCCGCAGCCGCCCUACAGCGACUGGGGCCGCUGGGAGGCGGCCAUCCUCAGCGGCUGGAGGACUUUCUGGCAGUCGGUGGGCAAGGAGCGCGCGGCGCGGGGCGCCCCCCGGGAGGAGGCGGACGAGGAGCCCAGCCCCCUGACGCGGCUGCCGGUCGACGUGCAGCUCUACAUUCUGUCGUUCCUUUCGCCCCACGACCUGUGUCAGCUGGGGAGCACCUGCCACUACUGGAAGGAGACCGUGCGGGACCCCAUUCUCUGGCGGUAUUUCCUGCUGCGCGACCUUCCCUCCUGGUCGUCUGUUGACUGGAAGUCCCUUCCCGAUCUAGAAAUCCUGAAAAAGCCUGUAGCUGAAGUCGGCGGCGGGGCGUUUUUUGACUACAUGGCCGUCUAUAAAACGUGCUGUCCAUAUACAAGAAGAUCCUCGAAAUCUAGCCGUCCUAUGUAUGGAGCGGUGACCUCAUUUUUACACUCACUGAUCAUUCAGAACGAACCACGGUUUGCUAUGUUUGGACCAGGCUUGGAGGAACUGAAUACGUCUUUGGUGUUGAGCUUGAUGUCUUCCGAGGAACUUUGCCCAACAGCUGGUUUGCCUCAGAGGCAAAUUGAUGGUAUUGGAUCAGGAGUCAACUUUCAGUUGAACAACCAACAUAAAUUCAACAUCCUGAUAUUAUAUUCAACUACCAGAAAGGAGAGAGACAGAGCAAGAGAAGAGCACACAAGUGCAGUUAACAAGAUGUUCAGUCUGCAGAGUGAAGGGGAUGACCAGCAGGGAAGCCGAUACAGCGUCAUCCCACAGAUUCAGAAGGUGUGUGAAGUUGUUGAUGGGUUCAUCUAUGUUGCAAAUGCUGAGGCUCAGAAAAGGCAUGAAUGGCAAGAUGAAUAUUCUCGUAUUAUGGCGAUGACCGAUCCAGCGUUUGGAUCUUCGGGGAGACCAAUGCUGGUUUUAUCUUGUAUUUCUCAAGCAAAUGUGAAAAGAAUGCCCUGUUUUUAUUUGGCGCAUGAGCUCCGUCUGAAUCAUCUAAACCACCCAUGGAUGGUCCAGGAUACAGAAGCUGAAACUCUAGCGGGCUUUUUGAAUGGCAUUCAGUGGAUUCUUGAAGAAGUUGAAUCUAAGCAUGCAAGGUGAUCCUCCUUUUGGACCCCAAGAACUGAAACCAGUUGACACUAAGGUCGUGAUGUCAAUAUUUGCUCAGCCGGCUCAUUUUGUCCUGCCUUUUUGCAGGUAGGCUUUACAUUGUAGCUGCUGUGCCUUUAAUACACAUUUUGUUUUUUACCUUAACAAAUACAAGUAAGAGUUUCAAAGCAAGCAUUUUUAGCCUAAAAAUGAACAUUUUAAGAUUUUUUUGAUGAUUUUUAUAUUUUCUCUCUUUGAAAAAAUAAUA